GUCGUACUGUCACUGGUCUGCCAGUGUCACAACAGCAGCUGCCAGCUCGCGGCAUGUGGACCUGGGUGUGCGUCCGUUUGACCAGCAUUGAUUUCAGCGAAACUAGUCGACAGUCGGGGACAAACCUUCAGCGCAGUGACGGUAUUUUGGCGACAGCUUACCUGGACAAUAAGAUAAAGAAAUAAUGCGAAUAGUGGAUUUUGUUUCUACUUGUAUGUACCGCACAGCAGAAUAAGGGAAGUCACCCCAAAAGAUUUUGACAUGAAGAAGGACAUAGAUACAUUGAUAGCAGAUGAACGUGCUGAAAUCAUCGCCAAAUACGACAAGGGCAGGCAGGAGGGCGUCAACAUUGACCCAUGGGAGGAUGCUGACUACAGCAUCUAUAAGGUCACCGACCGCUUCGGCUUCCUGCAUGAGCAAGAGCUACCGACACCCAGUGCGCUUGAAGAAAAGCAAAAGCAGCAGGACAUAGAGCGAGUGGAGAAAUGGCUGAAGAUGGUGAAGAAAUGGGACAAGUACAGGAACAGUGAAAAGUUGGUGAAGCGGGUGUAUAAAGGCAUUCCUCUGCAGCUGAGAGGCCAGGCCUGGGCCUUGCUUUUGGACAUAGAGAAAGUCAAACAAGAUAACGACGGAAAAUAUGAGAGAAUGAAGCAGCAGGCUCGUAACUUCUCCACAGAGAUCAAACAGAUAGACUUAGACGUCAACAGAACCUUCAGGAACCACAUCAUGUUCAUGGACCGCUUUGGAGUCAAGCAGCAGGCACUGUUUCACGUACUAGCAGCUUACUCUGUCUACAACACGGAGGUGAGCUACUGCCAGGGGAUGAGUCAGAUCGCGGCCAUCUUGCUCAUGUACCUGAAUGAGGAAGACGCCUUCUGGGCUCUGUCCCAGCUCCUCACCAACAGCAAGCACGCCAUGCACGGGUUCUUCAUCCCGGGAUUUCCCAAGCUGCACCGUUUCCAGGCCCAUCAUGAUUUGGUCCUUUCCAAAAUGGUACCAAAGCUGAAGAAACACCUGGAUAAGGAGCAGAUGACAACAGGGAUUUACACCACCAAAUGGUUUCUGCAGUGCUUCAUUGACAGAACCCCUUUCACCCUCACCCUGCGCUUAUGGGACAUCUACAUAUUGGAGGGAGAGAAGAUGCUUACUGCCAUGGCUUAUACAACCCUCAAGUUACACAAGAAGCGCCUGCAGAAGCUUCCAUUAGAGGAGCUGAGGGAGUUUCUCCAGGAGCAGAUGGGUGUUUCCUUCUUCCUGCCCGAUGAUGUGGUGAUAGAACAGUUACAUGCCGCUAUGGCUGAGCUUCGCAGUAAAAAGCUGGACCAACCUCCUCCAGCUAAGUCAGAAGAGCUGCCAAAGAAACCUCUGGGUCAAGAGAGACCAGUUCUCCUUCAGCCUCUGCAGCCGGACUCCCCACUGGAGGUCAAAGUAAAUCUGCAGCCCCACAGCCAACCCGGGAUAGAGGCCCAGCAAACAGACAACAUCGCCCUACACCAAACUUCUUCUCCUGCAGAGCCCCAGGACUCGGGAACACCUCCUCUGCCUUCACCUGACCCAGUUGUAGUCCACACACAAGGUACACCUUCUUCUUUAAGGCCUUGCAGAGCACCUCCGUUACCUCCAAAAGCAGAGCAACGCUGUGCUGAGGUCAAGUUGGACAGAGACGUGAAGGAGUCGCUUCCAGAGGUCAGCCAGGAGAGCCAGACCGGAGACCCAGAGACCCAGGAGGAGGCCGUGGCUUGGCCUCCACCCUAUGAGCCCCCUGCUUUGGAAGCUGUUGCUGGGCCGGCUGAGGAGCAAUUCAUGGACCUUCCGGAUCUGCCACCGCCACCUUUCUUUUACACUGAGCAGAAUGACCGAGGGCCUCUGGACAGUGAAUUCCCCCAACUGGGGACUGGGACUGGCCCAGAGACUCAGCAACGCUCUCCUUCCCCUCGCACCAAAUCACCACUGGUCACUCAGAUGAAGCUAUCUCCAAAACCACCCACGUCUCUUGACCUCACACAUAAAAAACCUCCUCCCUCAAAGCCUUCCCUUCCCCAAAAGCCUUCCACUGCCAGUGCCUGGACCACAUCCUCCUCCUCUCCCAGACUUCCUCCCCCAAAGCCAACCAAGUUCCCCGUCUCUCUCUACGUCCCGAUGCACACAGGAGACAGACGGCCUUCCAACACCUCCCAGUAUGACAACCUUUCCGAGGCCGAUGAAGACGACCGCUACCUGGAGAGGAUGCUGGGCUCCACGCCUGAGGAAAUUCCCAGCAUGCAUGGCAAUCCCCCACACACCCCUGGCGGAGACUAUGACCCUGCUCUCUUCCCUCUGCCUCCACCUCCUAUGUUCAUCCCUCCUUCGCCUUCCCUUAUUCCCCCAUCGCUGUGCGUUCUCCCCAGUUUGCCUCAGGAGCCAGAAUACGAAGGAGAUGAAAGCUGGGUGGUGGACUCCAUCAUCCCCCCCCCUCCGGCUAGCUUUGCUGACAGACUCCCUCCCUACAUGGCUAGUGCUGCCAGCUGUUCAGACACACACAGGGCCACCUCGCCCGGUUACUCUAAGCCUUUUUCUAGGGGCCCCAGGAACCAUUCUGCUUUCCCAGCACCACUGUUGUACACGGGGUCUCCCCCAGGACACUCCCGGCCCUCAGGACAGUCGGCAGUAGGGGUGCCCUUGGUCCGAUCCAGCCCAGACUUUUGCAGGAUGCCUCCUGGUGGACAGCAACUUCCCAAAUCUGUGACCUUUUGAGGUUUCUAAUUAUCAUUCAAGUGUUACUGAUUGUGCCAAGAUGAUUCGGACUCCCGGUAAUGCUUGAUUCGUUUUCAAAGCCAUUUAAGAGGCGAAAGGCCAGUAGCUAUUUAGUUUGUCAAAUGUUUAUGUUUGUGUGUGUGUGUGUGUGUUUGAGUGUGUGUGUGAAAAGACUUUUUUUCAUGGAUAUGUACAGAUGUAUGUGUUACUUGCACCUUUUUUUUGUUAGUUUUUCAGGUUAACUUUUCUAAGUUUCAAACUUGUAUUUAAAACUGCUGCCAAUGUUAACGUUUGCUGCGCGCACAAAAAGUGAGUGUAUCAACUCGCCUGCUCUUUAGUGUGUGAGACCAGAUUUGGUCCUCAAUUCCAGGGGGUCGGUAAAUAGAAAUGUACACAGAAAUAAGGUGAUCUCACACCAGCUGAGUGUUCCACUGUUGCUUCACCUCCAGUUAGUUUCAUUUUGUCGCAACACAAGUGUCUUAACCUGAUCGCCGUGCGCUGAGGCGAGCAACUCCAACCCAAGGGCUUUUUGAGAGGAACUACUUAAUGAGGUCAUCUUUGCUAAAGCACCCAAAGCCUAUACAGUGCAUUUAUGGUCAACUGUGAGCAGGCUCACACAUCUUAACUGUACGUCAAACUGUAAUGAGUAACUGUUAAUAUUAAUAUAUAUAUAUAAUAUAUGUUAAUGUUAAUAUAGUUUGUUAACUGUAUCUUAAGGUCAAUAUUUAAUUACAAAGGACCACUAAACCAAGUUGCACCUAAGCAGUUUGCACUUAAAAGAAUUGCUAAAGUUGUAACCAAUAGCAACAAACAAGACGUGGUGCAAUACGUCAGUGGUGUAAACACGGAAGCUAGUUGGAUCCACGUAAAGAAAGUGCAGUCAGGUGAUUUAUUUCUCCUCAGGCAGGGUGCAGCGGGUGCUCUGCGGGUGCUUUGUUGCUCUCGGUAGGACGAUCAACCUCAGAGCAACGGCUUCGGUGCUAUAUCUGUUUUCUGACACUCGAUUUCACGGCAAUAAUGUACUGUGCCAUGUGUGUAAGCAUGCAUUUAUCAAGGUGGAAAUAUAAGAGUUAACAGGAGGAGUUAUUGAAUGAAACAAAUAGUCAGCACAGACAGACUUACAGUUCAAGUCCUUGUCACAAUAUUUAUGAAGAGGAGCUCCAUCUAGUGGUCAGCAGUGGUAAAGAUUGACGGUUAAAGUCCUUGCACAUGUCCGGUGAAGAAAAAAAAAGCUUUUGGGAAGACUAGACCUGACCAUGACAUACAUGCUAUAUAUGUUUAUGAAUGUUCACAUAAUAAGCUAAAUACAAUACAAGGACAGACCCCAUAUGGGGGGCACUGUUCUAUACUGCCAUGGACCAAGGAAAGAUGCUAAUAAAUCAAAGCUGAAUUUAUUCAUAUGCACAGCUGUAUGUUAGAGCUAUUGCAAAGACUGGUGUACAUUUAUUUGAAUUGCUCGGAGCAAAAGUGCUAGAGAAAUGGAAGAUGAGCCAUAACAUAGUGUACCAGGACCUAAUAGUCAAACAUGUUUAUGUUGUUUCAUGCAGUUAUAGAUUACAUGCUAUACUACGUCUGAACAUCAGCUUUGUUGUUUGAGCUGCCCUUUGUCAUCACCAAGAGGUUUUGCAAUUAUUUAAGGGGAUUUCUAACGGAGUUCCAGGUUACUGAUUUAAAAAAAAAAAAAACAUUUUCAUCUUAGGAAGUUAUGUUAACAGAUGUUUCGCAGUUUGUUCAUGAACUUUGUAUUUGCCGCCCCGACUCUCAACCAAGAAUUUGAGAUCUGGGCCUGCUCACAAGUAUGUCUGGCUUGCUGGAGUGUCUUUAGUCAUGCGGCCUGACCACCAAAUUGUCCAUCACUGCUCCUUUUAUGAAUCUGGUUGACAGCAGUGAUGCUAGCCCAAAGCUUAUGUACAUUUAUGCAACUACUUAUUUGAGUUUUAUAAAAGAGAUAAACCUUA